AUGAAGCCAAUAAGCAAUUGGACGUUGUUAACGAUCACAGUUAUUUUGUUUCUCUCCCAGGUAGGUUUCCUCUUGAAAGUAUAAAUAUGUGUUCUUUGUCGAAUUUGUGCGUUUGUUUUGAUCAUUGUCAAAGCUGAAUCAUGACCGAAGCUUUUCUUUCUAGACUCUCUUCCCACGUGGGGUUAAUGGCGAUUUUGAUAUUAAAGAAGCACUUGCAAGUUUGGCUCCUACUGAUAUUUCUGAAACUCAUCAUAUGCAGAAGCGUGAUGACCCAGAUGAAGAUGAAUUAGGAUCAUUAAAAGGGAAAGAACAUGACAAAAUUUUGAACAUUAAUGGAAAAUCGGCCACUAAUGGCCUAUUUCAUAGCCAUUCAACUAGAUCGGCUAAUAUGUCUGAAAUGCCACCGAGCGAUAAAAAAACACAGGUGCCUAAGGACACAAAUGACUCUAAGAAGCCUUUAAUGCCUGAUGAAGCGGCAUUUGAAGCCGGGCUCAAAGCGGCAAGGAAAUCGCACACAAAGGAGAAAUUGGUUGGUAGUAAUGGAAGUGAUGCCGAAGAGGGCGAUGAUGACGAUGACGACGAUGAUGAUGAUGAUGAUAAAGAUAAUGAUGAUACGAACGAUAAUAAUAAAAGCAGUAAGGAUGAUGAUGAGAACGAAACUAAAAGAUCUAAAGUCAGCUCUAAAAGCAACAUUGAUUCACAUAAAAAGUCUUCAAAAACCGAGGAAUCGGAUUUUAUGACUUCUACUGAUGAAGAUAAUAAUGACUCUGAUGAGAAUGACAGCGAAAAAUCGGACAAAAAAGAUGCGAUAGAUUCCAAAGAAUCUGAUGGCAAUUCUGAUAAACCAGUUUCUAAAAAAUCGAAUGUUAAAGACGCACCUGCAGAGAAAGGGGACGACAAAGAAUCUGAUGAAAAAGACGAAGAGGCAAAAGAGACGAGCGAAAAUGAUUCAAAAUCGAAGACAUCGAAAGAUGAUGAAGCUACUGACUCCAAAGAAUCGAAGGAUUCAAGUAAUGAUUCUGAUUUGAAGGAAUCCACUGAUGAUAAAUCAAUUUCGAAGAAACCAGAGGGUGACGAAUCCGACGCGAAAGAGUCGCUUUCCAAGGAAUCUGCUUCUAAGGAUUCACAUACUUCCCACAUUUCUGACUCCAAGAAACCCAGUGAUAAAGAUUCUAAAGAUUCGAACUCGGAUGACUUGGAUGAUGAAGAUGAUAAUAAUAAUGAUUCCAGUUCCACGAAAUCUGAUAAUAAAUUAUCAGACUCAAACGUUUCCCAUGAUGUAGAUUCGAGUUCCGAGAAGUCAGAUAAAAAUUCUGACGCCAAAGAAUCUGACGAAAAGGAAUCGAGCACUAAGAGUUCGGAGGAUGAGAGCUCCGACGGCAAAAAUUCAGACUCGAACAAACAUUCUAAGAAAUCUGAUGUCGCGAAAACGAUUACAGAGGAUUCGCAAACUAAGGAUUCGAAUAUUAAAGACUCUGGCGAUGAAGAUGAUGAUAAAGUCACGGAAGAUGAUUCGAAACACGAUUCCAAACAUUCAGAUGAUAAACAUUCCGAAGAUUCGGGUGAUAAGAAAGUCGACGAUCAAACAGACUCGAAGAAUUCAGAAGAGAAGGACGAAAACUCCAAAGACACGGAUACUAAGGAGAGUGACUCCAAAGACUCGGAUGAUAAGAACUCCGAUACAAAUGUUUCGGAUAAUAAACGUUCUGAUUCCAAAGUGUACAAUAUAGAUAUAAACAGUUCUGAAGAUGCUAAUAGCGUUUCUAAAUAUUCUGAUGAAAAGGAUUCAGAUUCCAAGAAAAGUGAUGAUAAUGUUUCCAAUGGAAAGGACUCUGAUUCCAAAACGUCAGACGACAAGAAAACUAAGAGCGAAGACAAGGACAUCAAGAGUGAAGAGGAGGACACCAAGAGCGAAGACAAGGACAUUAAGAGUGAAGACAAGGACACAAAGAGCGAAGACAAGGACAUUAAGAGUGAAGACAAGGACAUCAAGAACGAAGACAAGGACAUUGAGAGCGAAGACAAGGACACUAAGAGUGAAGACAAGGACACCAAGAGCGAAGACAAGGACAUUAAGAGUGAAGACGAGGACACCAAGAGCGAAGACAAGGACAUUAAGAGUGAAGACAAAGACAUCAAGAGUGAAGACAAGGACACCAAGAACGAAGACAAGGACAUUAAGAGUGAAGACAAGGACAUUAAGAGUGAAGACAAGGACAUUAAGAGUGAAGACAAAGACAUCAAGAGCGAAGACAAGGACAUUAAGAGUGAAGACAAGGACACCAAGAGCGAAGACAAGGACAUUAAGAGUGAAGACAAGGACACCAAUAGCGAAGACAAGGACACCAAGAGCGAAGACAAGGACAUUAAGAGCCAAGAAGCGGAGAAAUCAGAUGAUAACGCUGUAAAUUCCAAGGAAUCGGAUGAUAAAGAUUCCAACGGUUCGAACGACGAAAAGUCGAGUUCUAAAUCUAACGAUAGCAAAUUUGAUUCUAAAGAUGAUAAAUCAAAUUCAAAAGAAUCAGAUUUCAAGGAUAACCAAUCGGGGUCGAAAGACGACAAAAGCUCGGAUAAUCAUGAUGAUGCUGAGGACGAUUCUUCUAAGAAGGCACCUUCAAGCGAUAAUCUAGAUAAUUCCUCUGACAAAGUUUCGAAAGAUGACGAAGAUAAAACUUCAUCAGAUAAAACUUCAUCAGAUAAAACUUCGUCAGAUAAAACUUCAUCAGAUAAAACUUCAUCAGAUAAAAUUUCAUCAGAUAAAGAUGAUUCGAAGAAAGACAGGAACGAAGGUGAAAAUAUUGAGGUGUUAAGUAGUUCUGGGAAAGAAUUUGAACCAAAGAAGUAUUCUGGUUCUCCAAUGCUUCUGGCAAUGAUGACGAUGAAGAGGAUGACGAAGAGGAUGAAGAAGCUCUUCCCGGUGGAACUGGAGGUUCAGAUGCUCCCUUGAAAAUUUCUGAAGGCUCUGCUGGAUCGAAAGAUGGUGAUGCAUCAGGAUUUAAGUAUGAUUCCGAUAAAGACACGGAAGGAUCAUCGAAGGAUAACAAUGCUAGGGAUGAUGAUGACAGUGACGAUAAUGAUGGUGAGAAUGAUGAUGAUGGUGAUGAUGAUGAUGAUAAAGACGAUAAAAAGUCCAAUGUGAAAUCGAAUGUGUCCAGCAGUGAUGUGAAGUUGGAUGAUGGCAAAAAGAAAGAUGAUGCUGAAAGUAAAAAGGCAGAGAUCACAUCCACUGACAAAGUUGAUCCAACUCCAACCAAGACUAGUGAUGUAAAAGAAUAUAAAGUUGACUCGGAAAGCGACAAAACUGACGAGAAAGCGAAUAAAAAAGAUGACGGAACAACGAGUGCUAACAAAGAUAAGGAUGCCACUGAAUUGAAAACUGACGGCGAGACUACUGCAAAUAACGAGAAGGACUCUUCGGUAGAAAGCAAAGAUAAUAAAGAUGCCGUAAAAGGAACUGCAAAGAACACCGUCAGAGAAAACGAGGAAGCUAGUACUACAAAAAGUGAUGAUGAAGAUAGUGAUACAGGCAAAGUAAAGGAUAAUAUUGCAGCGAAUGACAAAGAUGACGUCAGCAAAAAUGAAAAGGAUAAUGUCAGUGGUGAUAGCAAAGAAUCUGAAAAGAAAGUGGAUGAGCAAACAGAAAAGAAGAAAGAUAAUAUCACGGCUGAUACUAAAAAUGACGUAACGCAAACGAAGGAUAAGGACGGCACGGAAAAGCAUAACGAUGACGUCAAAACCGUUAGCAAGGAUAACGUUACUGAAAAGAAGAAAGAUGACGUCACUAAUAGUAGCAAAAAUGAUGCCACUGGCAAGAAAAGUGACGACGAAGCCGACAAGAACAAGGACGAAAAAGAUAAGAAAGUGGCGGCUGAUACGAAAAAGAGUGAUGCUACUGACAGUAAGAAAGACGAUGCUGCCCAAGAGGUAAAAGAAGAGUCCAAAGUGAAAAGCAAGCAUAACGAUGCCGAGAAAGAGAAGAUUGAUUCAGAUGAUAAGCACGAUUCUUCAUCCUCGGACGAAGCAACUGAUAAGGACGACUCUUCAUCCUCAAGUGAACAAGCUGAUAAGGACGAUUCUUCAUCCUCGGACGAAGCAACUGAUAAGGACGACUCUUCAUCCUCAAGUGAACAAGCUGAUAAGGGCGAUUCUUCAUCCUCGGACGAAGCAACUGAUAAGGACGACUCUUCAUCCUCAAGUGAACAAGCUGAUAAGGACGCUUCUUCGUCCUCGGACGAAGCAACUGAUAAGGACGACUCUUCAUCCUCAAGUGAACAAGCUGAUAAGGAUUCUUCAUCAUCAGAUGAAGCAGACGAUAAAUCAGUCAAAGAAGAUAAAACUGAAUCACUAAAGGAUGAUAAAUCAACGGAAGACAUCAAACAUAAUGAUAAAACAACUACUGAAAACGACAAUGAUGAUGAAAGUGAUGAAGAUGAUACCGUUGAUGAGAGUAAUAGCGGCGACACCUCAUCAGGCAAGAAAGAACCUUCCAAACCAAGCGACAUUGAAGUAAGUCCGGGUUUCCUAAAAGGUUCCCUGACAACCAAUGGGGACAAAUCAGACGAUGAAUCUCAGGACGAUUCCGAGAAAGUGAAAUCUGGAUCCGGCACGGACGUCAGCGACAAUGGCAAGGCAGACGAGACAGGUGAACGAGCUGUUGCAGAUUCGCUGGCUUCCUCAAGCAGUGUUGUUGAAGCCAGAAGAAAAGCUGAAAUGCUUGCGAGAAAGUCGCACGUGACCGCCGCACCAAAGAAGAUUAAUCUGAAAGUGAAAUCAGAUAACGAGAAGCUCCCUGGAAGUUUUGGUUUUGGAGAGAACGAGGCAUCUGAUGAGGACGAUAGCGACGGAAAAGGAUCAUCUUCAGGUAUUUGGACUCUGUAAUUUUACUAAUUUAGCAUAAAUCGGAGUUCUAUUUUCUUUUAUCAGGUAAUCGUUUCAACUUGUUAUCUGUCAGCAUGAUUACUCAAAUAAAAUCCAACAGCAUCGAUCAUAUAAAAAUUAGGUGACUUAAUUGAUGGCAAUGAUUAAUCGAACAAUCCAUCAAGACGAAUCGAUCCAAUUUUUUUCUAAUUUAUAAAACUUUGUCCUGCUUUUUUGACCUGCAUAAAUGGACUACAAUCCUUAAGGCAUUGUAAAGCAUAAGUUAUCUAUUUAGCUUUCCGUACAUAAGUUUCUAAACUACUUUCUAUCAUCCAUGCCAAUGUUGUUUUAUAUCCGACUGGUUUACCUAAACAUAUUCAACACAUUUUUUGAGGGAACGUGUUGAGUUCACAUUAUUGCCAUAAAGUUUUACGCAAUAUCCUGUUCAUAGCUAUUAAAGUGUGGGCGUAUUUUUUUACCAGAUUCAGUUGAAUAAUGUAUGAUAAUCUAAACCAAUGAUAUGCUUCGGACAUUUUCCACCCAAAAUACGCCACAUUUGUUGUUCCAACCAUUGUAUCCUAAUAACCUGUUCCUACUAAUUUUUAAGGUGAAUCAAGGGUGAACUUUAUCACCAAUUCCGGAGUAUCUCAUGCCUCUGAGCUCGAUCACGGCAGGAAAGGCGACCUGUUCACAGAAGAACUUGCAAAGAACAACCUAGUUGCAGCUGAUGAUGGCAAGUCCAAGGAAGGAGAAAGAAAAAGCGACACAACCGAAAAACCUGAUGUGGAAGUCGAGGAUGCUGACGAUGACGAUGAUGAUUCUUCGGGGUCUGGGAAUAUUGAGUUUGGAUCUGCUGAUCUUGCGGAUAACGACAAAGAUGAGUCGGUAGGUUGAAAUAUAGAUCUACUGGUGAUAGGACGUUCAUGGCGCAUGGUUAGUGUAUGCUUCCUUUUACUACUACACAUGCAAAAAUCUCACAUCUUGUAACAAGUCUGCAAACAAGCCGUCAACAAGAUGCAUUCGCACUGCUUGUGACAAGUUGUCAACAGGUUUGGAGCAACUUGUUGAAAACUUGUAACAACCUUGUCGAAAUUAUCAUUGUUGCAAGGUUGUUCUGACAAAUCCGUUACAUGCUUGGUAUAACAAGAUUGUUACAACCUUGUGUUGACAACCUUGUAACAUCCUUGUUAUAUCAUGGCUGUAACAAACUUGUUAGCAUAGUCUUGUGACAAGGCUGAUAAUGCCAUCAAGCUUGUUACAAGUUGUUAACAGCUUGUUCCAAACUUGUUACAACAAACUGGGAACAAGCAGUGCGAACACAACUUGUUGACAGUUUGUGAACAGACUUGUAACAAUUUGUUUGCAGACUUAAAUUGUUACAAGCUGUGCGUUUUUACGCGUGUAGUUUGAUUCCUGCAAUAAGCCAAUUCAGAGUUUCAUCUGCGCGUCCAAUUUUGAAUUUUACUUUUGUUACUUUUGAAGGCCAUUUAAACUUUAAAUACCCGAUAAAUUCGAUGAAUUAGAUAAUUGUUGCAUUUUUUGCAACUGUUCCUGGUUAGGUUUAAUAAAUGUAUAAAAUUCACACUCGAAUUUCCAUCUACAAAACCAUUCUACAUAUUCUAGUUCUUGCAGUCUCACUUGCGAAGUAGUAUUAUAAUCAGAAACUGUAUAUUACGAUUCAAACCCUCGCUGCAUUAAAGAACACUGUAAUUGUUUUUUUUUUAUAAACAUAUUUUAUUGAAUUUGCAUUUGCCCAAGAACAUCAGGACUCAUAAAAGGGGCUCACACAACAUUUACAUAAGUUUCGUUGCACACUCAAUACAUAAGCAAUAAUAUAACAAUAUUAUACACGCACAUCUAUAUUAAGAAUACGACACGCAACAACCAAUAAGAAAAAGGAAAUAAAAUUCUGCAGGAAUAAGCGGCACUCGAACUGACUUGCUAGUAACUUACAAAUUAAGCUAAGAAAAGCGUUUAGUUCCUUUUAUAUAUUGUUGAACCCAUUUAAAAAUAUACUGGUUUUCAGAAUAAUUUAACUUUGUUAUUCCACAUAGAAAUAUGUUUACUUUUCGUGAUUCUGACUGACAACAAGUACCAGUCAUCACCAUGGGUUUGUGCAGCACUCGAGAGUAGGUUAUACCUUAGAGUAGCAUAUCGGGGACAUUAGCAAAUAAUGAAGUAAUGAUUAUUCAUUCUAUGUAUUACAAUCACAAAAAGGAGAUGUUAUGCAAUUUAUUUUAAACAAAUAGUCAUUUAAACGACAACAGCCUAUUGUCAAAUUGUGUGUUUUUUUUCUCGGACCGAUACGUAACCUGUUUCUUCAAUUUUGUUGGUAUCAAUAAUAGAAAACAAAAAAAUUCUUAUUUGCAAGUACGUUGCUUGAAAUUUUAGAUAUUUUAAACUUUAUACUUUCCUUUCAGAACGAAGAAUCUGAAGACAAUUCAUUCAAAUGGCCAAAAUAUGGCGAUGAAGUCACCCAAGAGAUGUUAGAUCAUUUUAUGAUCGCUCAAUUAAUGGAACAGAAUCUGACUCUAUUCUAUGGCGGUCUAACAGGACGGCCUGGCCCACAGGGCUCACAGGGUCCUUCCGGAAGGGCUGGCGAUGUUGGUCCCGACGGUCCAAAUGGACCUCUUGGGUCUGUGGGUGAAGAGGGCGCGUCAGGCGAACCUGGAGAUCUUGGACCACCAGGUCUCAAAGGAGACCGAGGACCAUCAGGUGAUAAAGGUAGGCAGGGUAUUCUUGGCCUUCACGGCUUACCAGGAGAACCUGGUGUACCUGGUGGCAGAGGAAAACCUGGAACUACUGGACCCGCGGGACCGGGAACGGAUCUUCCAGUAAGUAGAUUUUGUACUGUCUAUAUUUUUGUGUCUACCACAUAGGAAAAGAGGCAAUGGUAUGGCCGGCGUAAAAAUGGCUGCCAAACAUGUAUGUUAUUUACCGGUGACGAGAAACUGUGCCCGAGGUCUUUCUUUCACGGAUACCUGACCGUUAAAAAAUAACUUUCAUUAUUUUAUAUUUCACAUUUUAAAGUCUAAAAAAUUAGUACAGAAGACUGGGAAAGCCCAUAUGCAAGCAAAAAAUAUGAUUGAGCCAAAACAUAGACACCACCUCUUUUGCCAACUUUGGCAUAAAUCUAAGUAUUUUUAAGAUUUCUUCAGAUAUUUCAUGGUGUGCCAAGUUUGUUUGCUUAGGGGCCAGACCAUAAACGGUCGUUUAAAUGAACUGUAUACACUGUUACUGCAUGGAAUCAAAUGAAGCAAAUUCAACUUUGGAUGUUAAUCAAAGCCGUGAUAAGAACUUUAUUAAACAACUCAUCCCGAUCGACCGUGCCAGCCCAGCUCCAUAUGAACUUAAUUUAAUGAACCUCGUCAGUUUGUGGGACGCAAACACCAUAGUUUGAUGCCGGGUUAGAACUCUAUGCGCAUAUUCUUGGAUUUCAUAUACGUCACAAAAUUGACGGGCGCGGUCAACUCUAAAAGAAAUCACAGUUAUCAGAGUGAGUCGAUUGUUCGUUUUAUGUAUUAGCCUUGUGUUUGGUGGCAAAUACAUGGAAUUUUGUAUCAUUUUCUCACACCAGUACAGCAUAAGCGUCAAUACAUUUGAGGUUGACCCCCCCGUCAGAUUCACUGCAUAAUGCCGUAGUGAAACCCAAGAAUAUAAAGCUUAUAAAUUGAAAUAACAGUGAAGACCAAUCAUUAGAUACGACUAUUACCAAAAACGCUGGUAAACGUCUAGAGAAACAAAAGAAAACCAAAAUUUUAAUAUUCUUAUUCAGAUGUUGUAUUGUUGUAUAUUUUAUUUGCAAUAUCGUGUCUAAUAAUGGGUUACAUUCUCAAGUCGUAUUUCCUUAUUAUUUCAGAGUUGUAUGUAUCUAUGCGAAGGCGAGAAAGCGUGGUUACAAUGCCAGCAGUUUGAACUGCUGCGGGUUAAGCGAGUAUACUGGGGGCGAGAUAACGAGAAAAUGUGUCCCAAGAUUCCACCUGGUCUUAGCGGCGAUGGUUGCGAUGCUGAUGAAGAAAACGCUUUCGAUAAAGUUGAACAACAGUGUCGCCAUGACCAAGCUUGUGAGGUUGUCGCCUCCAACGUCUUCUUCGACGAUAACACGUGUAAGAAUACGUAUAAAUUCUUGAAGAUCUGUUAUGAUUGCAUUCCGGAUUCGUUGAGCAACCGCGCCGAGCUGUUGAGAACGACCCGGGAGCGAAGGAAGAGGGGAAAGCGAGGGGAGUUUGGAAACCAGGGCAAAUUCAGAGGCAUGAGUUCACGGCAGAUCCAGGAGGAAAGAAUGAUGGACUCAAUGUGGGAGCACCCGUUGAAAGCUAGAUUGCUAUAA